GUAAGCACGUGCUAAAUGUUGACAGUACUGAAUUGGAGAACAAAGUCUUUAUUUACCGGGGAAAGGAGUAUGAACGCCGUGAAGACUUCGAAGCAAGGUUAUUAACUCAGUUUCCGAAUGCAGAAAAAAUGAAAACGACAUCUCCACCAGGCGAUGACAUUAAAAACUCCUCCGGCCAGUAUAUUCAGUGCUUUACUGUAAAGCCAAAACUGGAUUUACCAUCUAAAUUUCACAGGCCAGUGUCAGAACAAAUCGUGAGUUUCUAUAGGGUGAAUGAAGUCCAACGGUUUGAGUAUUCACGCCCUGUUCGAAAAGGAGAGAAAAACCCAGACAAUGAAUUUGCGAAUAUGUGGAUUGAGAGAACCGUCUAUGUGACAGCGUAUAAAUUACCGGGGAUUCUGAGGUGGUUUGAAGUCAAAUCAGUUUUCAUGGUUGAAAUCAGUCCACUGGAAAAUGCAAUAGAAACCAUGCAGCUGACAAAUGAUAAGAUCAAUAAUAUGGUUCAACAGCAUCUAAAUGAUCCAAAUCUACCCAUUAACCCUCUCUCGAUGCUACUUAACGGCAUUGUGGAUCCUGCAGUCAUGGGAGGGUUCACAAACUAUGAGAAGGCUUUUUUUACUGAAAAAUACAUGCACGAGCAUCCAGAAGAUCAUGACAAGAUUGAAAAACUGAAGGAUCUGAUCGCUUGGCAGAUCCCGUUCCUGGCAGAAGGCAUCCGGAUUCAUGGGGAGAAGGUGACGGAGGCGCUGCGGCCAUUCCACGAGCGGAUGGAGGCUUGCUUCAGGCAGCUGAAAGACAAAGUGGAAAAACAGUAUGGGGUCCGAGCUGUUCUUUCAAGUCUGGAUGAUAGACGAGGCAGUCGGCCACGGUCCAUGGUGAGAUCCUUCACGAUGCCGUCGUCUUCAAGACCCCUCUCUGUUGCAUCAGUGUCUUCCAUCUCCUCCGACAGCACACCUUCUCGACCUGGCUCAGAUGGGUUUGUGCUGGAGCCCCUCCUGCCAAAAAAGAUGCAUUCUAGGUCUCAAGAUAAAUUGGACAAGGAUGACCUAGAUAAAGAUAAGAAAGAAAAGAAGAAGGAGAAAAGGAACAGCAAGCAUCAAGAGAUAUUUGAUAAAGAAUUUAAAUCCACUGAUAUUUCUCUGCAGCAGUCUGAAGCAGUGAUCCUUUCAGAAACGAUCAGCCCACUAAGACCACAGAGACCAAAAAGCCAAGUCAUAAACGUCAUUUCAAGUGAAAGACGUUUCUCCGUCUCUCCAUCACCUCCCAGCUCCCAAGUGACUCCACCCCCAAUAACUCCACGGACAAAACUUUCUUUCAACAUACAGUCCAAUCUGGAGCUGAAUGGUAUGUCCAACUCCGACAUCCCCGAUGUUCCUCCUCCUCUGCCUCUCAAAGGAAGCAUGGCCGAUUAUGGGAACCUCAUGGAAAGUCAAGACUUGAUCAGCCCGACGACCUCCCCCCCGGCCCAUCAAAGGCACCUGCCGCCUCCGCUCCCCAGCAAGACUCCCCCGCCUCCGCCUCCGAAGACGACUCGGAAGCAAACCUCUGUUGACUCUGGGAUUGUCCAGUGAAGAAGGAAGCUUUUUUUCCCAAAGAUAAAGCUGUAACAAUUCAUUUCCCUAAGUAUUUUAUGGUAUAUAACGUUUACCUCAUUCAGGCGUGCAGUAUCUAACAUUUAGUGCAAUGACUCUAACUCCGUAAGAAAUCCAUUUCUAGCUGUGUGUGGGAAACAACACUACAUCACCCCUCUUUCUGGGGUUAUUCCCUCCUGUAACUUGGAAGAAAUCUGGAUUUCUACUUGAGACCAGGAGGCGUUUAUCAACUGACAGAACCCUCUUCCUAACCCUUCUCCCUGCUUCUUCUGAAUGACUUCAGGCACAUAGAUAGCUGUGGAGAUUAAAAUGAGAGUUGAAUAUUUUGUACGUAAAGCAUUUAGGUAGCUGUGGAGUUUGAAAUGAGCUGAGUAUUUUGUACCUAAU